CCCGCCCCGCGGCCGGGCGCGGUGGGGCGGCCAUGGCGGCGCACCUGAGCUCGGGCCGGGUGAACCUGACGGCGCUGCGCGAGGCGGGGCGGCGCGAGCUGCGCGAGUUCCUCGACAAGUGCGCGGGCUCCAAGGCCAUCGUGUGGGACGAGUACCUGACCGGCCCGUUCGGGCUCAUCGCGCAGUACUCGCUGCUCAAGGAGCAUGAGGUGGAGAAGAUGUUCACGCUCAAGCCGGGCCGGCUGCCCCCGGCCGACGUCAAGAACAUCAUUUUCUUCGUCAGACCCAAGCUGGAGCUGAUGGACAUCAUCACGGACAACGUGCUCAGGGAAGACAGAGGCCGCUCUCCGCAGAGGGAUUUCCACAUCCUGUUCGUGCCGCGCCGCAGCCUCCUGUGCGAGCAGUGGCUGAAGGAGCAGGGCGUGCUGGGCUCCUUCAUCCACCGCGAGCAGUACAGCCUGGACCUGAUCCCCUUCGACGGAGACCUGCUCUCCAUGGAGUCCGAGAGCGCCUUCAAGGAGUGUUACCUGGAGAGUGACCAGACCAGUCUGUACCAUGCAGCAAAGGGGCUGAUGACACUGCAGGCUCUCUACGGAACCAUCCCACAGAUUUUUGGGAAGGGCGACUGUGCUCGGCACGUGGCCAACAUGAUGAUCAGGAUGAAGCGGGAGUUCCCUGGCAGCCAGAAUUCCAUAUUUCCUGUCUUUGAUACCCUCCUGCUGCUGGACCGCAACGUGGACCUGCUGACCCCGCUGGCCACGCAGCUGACGUACGAGGGGCUGAUCGAUGAGAUCUACGGCAUCCAGAACACUUAUGUGAAACUCCCUCCUGAGAAGUUUGCCCCAAAGAAGCAGGGUGAGGGUGGGAAAGAUCUCCCCACAGAACCCAAGAAGCUCCAGCUGAACUCUGCAGAAGAGCUUUAUGCCGAAAUCCGAGACAAGAACUUCAACGCUGUGGGGUCAGUGCUGAGCAAGAAAGCCAAGAUCAUCUCAGCAGCCUUUGAGGAAAGGCACCAUGCCAAGACUGUUGGAGAGAUUAAGCAGUUUGUGUCCCAGCUGCCUCACAUGCAGGCGGCGAGGAGCUCGCUGGCAAACCACACCUCCAUCGCAGAGCUCAUCAAAGACAUCACCACAUCUGAAGAUUUCUUUGAUAAUUUAACAGUGGAGCAAGAGUUCAUGUCCGGAAUAGACACAGACAAGGUUAACAAUUACAUUGAAGACUGCAUAGCUCAGAAACAUCCAUUAAUCAAGAUCUUGCGUCUCGUGUGCUUGCAAUCCGUGUGCAAUAGUGGGCUGAAGCAGAAGGUUCUGGACCAUUACAAAAGGGAGAUUAUCCAGACUUAUGGCUAUGAACAUAUAUUGACCUUAAACAACUUGGAAAAGGCUGGACUCCUGAAACCCCAGACAGGUGGCAGGAACAACUACCCGACGAUCAGGAAAACGCUGCGCCUGUGGAUGGAUGAUGUUAAUGAGCAGAACCCCAAUGACAUCUCGUACGUGUACAGCGGCUACGCCCCGCUGAGCGUGCGCCUGGCCCAGCUGCUGGCCCGGCCGGGCUGGCGCAGCAUCGAGGAGGUUCUGAAGAUGCUGCCAGGGCCCCAUUUCGAGGAGAGGCAGCAGCUCCCUACUGGCCUGCAGAAAAAGCGUCAGCAGGGUGAGAACAGAGUGACCCUGGUGUUCUUCCUGGGCGGGGUCACGUACGCAGAAAUCGCCGCGCUGAGGUUCCUGUCCCAGAUGGAGGAUGGAGGCACAGAGUACAUCAUUGCCACUACAAAACUCAUCAACGGGACAACCUGGAUCAAAUCCUUGAUGGAGAAACUGGAGCCUGCCCCGUUCUAGGGUGUGUGGUGAGAGACAGGAAAUGUGAGAGGCCCUGUGUAACACAGGAAUGUCAGCUGGCACAGCUGCUCCAUCAGAGAAACACGGCAGUGAAGGAAGCUCUCCUGGGACCAGCUCGUGAGCAGUUGCCCUCAUCCCUUCUGCACUUGUGUUCCAGCUGGCUGUGGAACUUCCAAGUAGACAAGCAGGGUUGGAAGGCACUAAUGAUAAAUAGUGGGAAAGAGAGAGAUCCCUGCUCAUGGUCUGACCUGGCAGCCGAGGGCUGGGGCAGCGGGAAUGGGCCCUGGUCCUUCUCUUUGGCAAAUUGCUGCUUUUUUUCUUUCAGUUGAGCUUUGGUGGGAGAUGUGAUUUCUGCUUUUUACCCUCCUAAAGUGCUGAGGAGGCAGGAUGUUCUCUAUUCCUGACUUCAUACCAGUAUUCCCAGACUUUGUCUCUCUCUGGUGCCUGAUACAUUCCAUGGAUGCAUUGGAUGUGUCAGUCAGAGAUCUGUACACAGCUAUACCUGUGAUCCUUGAGCCUUUUACUUCACUUGUCCCCUGAAGGGAUUGCUGUGAGGUGACUUCUUUGUCCUAGGUACACCCACCUGACUCUGGAAAGCUCCUCCAGAGUAUGAAUGACAUCAGUGUGUCCUGAGUUUAUGGUUGAAGACACACAAACACUCCCUGUGUGGGGGCCAAAAAUAGCAAGAGCAGGGACCCAGUAAACAGUGGGUUUUAAACAGACACUUUUUUCACCCCCUGUUCAGGUUAUAAACUGGUACUUGCUGUCACAAGCUGUUGUAGAGCUCAAACUUGUAAAAUGGAAUUUUCCAUGGGCUUGGUGCCUGGGCCCUGGGCAUGCAAGAGGCAGCUCCUGGCUGCUCAGGGAAGGCAGAGCAAGGUCCUUGGUGGUGCCUGGGCUGGGCUGGGCACUGUCAGUGUCCUCACAGCCACUGGGGACUCUUCCACACUGCAGUUCACUCUUAAACACAACUAAUAAAAGGCCCACUCCUCACCUUAAAUCACUGUCUUAGCAAACAUUUCUGCCUUAGUUAUCAUGUAUAAUAUGUCCCAAUAAAUCCCUCAAAUUUUCCAAGUUGUCACAGUUGUGAAUGUGGGUUUUGGUCUGCUUUAUUUUCUAAGACUGAAGUCUGCCAAGUCAGACCCUCCAUGGAGCCCCUCUAUCUGUUUAACUCCAGCUGACUUAUUAAAUAAAAUAAAGAUGUAUUUAAUCUUUUUUUUUUGGAAGUGUUUGCACUCUCUCUCUCUCUCUCUCUAGAAUACAAAAAUAAAAUAAAACCCUGCACUGUG